UUCAUCUUCAGCGUUUAACAUUGUAAUUUGGUUAUUCUCUGAAUGCAUUUAACAUUUUCCAUUCCUAUGUGUCUUUUCUUCUAUUGGAAACAAACAGAUGGAUAAUAAACAAGAAGCUGAGAAGACUGAGGCACAGCUGCUGAGAGUAUUUGAUUAUGCAUGGAACAAGCUUCAGAAUGGUGCUUGUCGCCGUGAAGAAAUACUGCUCAAGUUAGAACAGGGAGCAACCAGCCGUAGAUCAUCUCUACUUAGCAGAGUACGCCACUUGAAACAAGAUAUAUUUGGAGUAAAAGCGGGUAUAAAGAUAAAAGGAAGUGGGUCAGUUAACACCCCGCCUGGUAUUAUGAAAAGUAUGCUCCCAAGAGUUCGUACAUUUGUUGGUUUCAGACCUCAGCCAGUUAACUCAGAGGACAGUGGAGGCGAGGCAACUGAUAUUCCCUGGAAGAAAAUAUCUGGCAUUCCCUGUGGUAAUAGACAAGCACAUAGAAGGAGGUCCGGAGGGCACAGAAUAAAAAAGGUCGAUGUUGCAAAACGGAGAACUGUGCCGAUACAAGAUUCUAACUCUUUUUGUGGAGUGGUGCUAGAAGAUGGUUCUUCUUGUCUGGAGCACCCAGUUGAAGGAAGAAAGAGAUGCAGCUUACACAAAGGUAGAAGAAUCAAAGGCAGCCCUAAAUGCUCAUCUACUAGCUAUCCUUGCCAAGCUGAGAUUCCAAUACCUUACGUAACUGAAGAUUUAGACAACUCAGAUCAAACACGGGAGAUUAUUGAAUCCAUACCUCGCCUAACUGAAGAUUUGGACAGCUCAGAUCAAACACAGGAAAGUAAAAUAUCGCCCAAAAAUAUCUCUAAAACUGUGGAGGAAUCCCCAAGACAAAGCAAUAACAUCAAAGCAGAGGAGGUGAAAACUAGAGAAGCUCCUACAGAAGAUGGAACACAUGACGCCUCCAGGGAUGCUUGUAUCUGUGACUGUGAAGAGAAGGCUUCCCAUGCUGAACCUGAGUCCCAGGAGCCGCAGCCUUCUGGGAGAAUGUGGUUUGAGCUGCUCAAAGCACGGAAGAAAUUGGCAAGUGCAGACUCAUCAAGAGGGUCAGGAUCUCAGACAAGAGAUUAUGCAGCGCCCAUCUGUGGAGCAAUGGCAGAUAAUGGGUCCAGCAAAAUGGUGCCAAAUGCUGGAAGAGAAAUAUGCGAGAAAGACAGUGGAAUAGAGGUCGCUGGUGCUUCGUUUUCCAUAAGCUCAGGAUGGCCGGGUAUAUGUGGUGCUCGUACAGCAGACGGUUCACCCUGUAUGAAUAAGCCUGUCGAAGGGAGGAAGAGAUGUGCAUUACACAAAGGUCAAAGAGCAUCAUGCACACCUACACCAUCAGUUUAAUACAGGACGGUUUCGUUUCUUUUUCUUUUUCAUUCAGCUGCUGUUUUCGUGCUGCAGUUAGAAAAUUGAAACAUACAAAGCCAGCGCUUUUUGGGGUGGGGUUUAUAUUAAGCUGCUUCACCCCAGGAUGAUUCACCAUUCAUAUUUCUUUUCUUUAAAGUUCAUCAUUCACAUUUCUUGUGCCUCCAAAACACUACAUAUUUUUUGUGAUUGUAUUUUGAUGUAUUUGCAGAGAGCUGAAGAAUGAAUAUCUUAUACCGAUGUUCUGAACAUUGCAGUUCGAUGAAUUUUCAUGCUAAAUUUUGA